UUCAGCAUUGUUUACGAUGCCAGUGUCGUGUUCAAUUUGUGAUGGAAAGGCUAUCCUUAAAAGACCAAAGACGGGAGACGCAUUAUGUAAAGAAUGUUUUUAUUAUGCAUUUGAAGAGGAAAUCCACAAGACUGUUGUUGAUGCUAAAUUAUUUACACCAGGGGAAACUGUGGCUAUUGGUGCAUCUGGAGGGAAAGAUUCUACAGUUCUGGCUUACACAAUGAAAGAACUAAACCAGAGGUAUAAAUACGGUCUGAAUCUAGUCUUAUUAUCUGUAGAUGAGGGUAUAACUGGAUACAGGGAUGAUUCACUAGAGACAGUAAAGAGAAACCAGAUACAGUAUGAUUUACCAUUAAAGAUUGUAUCAUAUGAGGAUUUGUAUGGAUGGUCAAUGGAUGCAAUAGUUAAACAAAUAGGAUUGAAAAAUAAUUGUACAUUCUGUGGAGUAUUUAGAAGGCAAGCAUUAGACAGAGGAGCAAUGAUGAUGAAAGUUGAUAAAAUUGUAACAGGACAUAAUGCAGAUGAUAUAGCUGAAACUGUUAUAAUGAACGUUUUAAGAGGAGACAUAGGAAGACUGCGUAGAUGUACAGCUAUAACAACAGGAACAGAUGGAGCUCUACCAAGAUGUAAACCAUUUAAAUAUACUUAUGAAAAAGAAAUUGUUAUGUAUGCAUAUUUCAAGAAAUUAGAUUAUUUUUCGACUGAAUGUAUAUACUCUCCAAAUGCUUACAGAGGAUUUGCCAGAGCAUAUAUUAAAGAUGUUGAAAAAAUACGACCCAGUGCCAUUAUAGAUAUAAUACAUUCUGGAGAAAGUUUAUCAGUCAAGAAAGACGUUAGAUUGCCUGUUCAAGGUACAUGUGAGAGGUGUGGUUACAUGUCUAGUAACCCUGUGUGUAAAGCAUGUGUAUUGUUAGAGGGACUGAACAGGGGACUACCUAGACUAGGUAUAGGAAAAACACACAAGGAAAGAAGGAAGGCUGAGGAAGCUGAAAAGGCCAGGAAUGCAACAGAAAAUUCAGAAGAUCAGAAAUCAUGUGAUAAAUCAAGUGACCAAUCAAAUAAUAGAACUUGUGGUUCAAAUUGUCAGUGUUCUACAGAUAUUAGUAAAUUAACUCUGAACUCAAAGCCAGAUGUAUCAAAGUUAGAUUUUUGAUGAAGUUUGUUUUUAUCUCAAAUAAAACUGUGAUAGUA